AUGGAACCGCGAGUUUUGGCUGCGACAUCCCCAGAGGCCGUUGCGUGGGAGCCGAGACAGCUCGCCGCUGCCGAGCAUCCUCCCGUGGCCGAGGACGGCCCGGAGGACGGCCUGCCGCCUCCAUGCAGGCCAAGGCUGCUUCGCGAUGACAAGUCGCAAACACCCCCCAGUGUGGAGCUGCACGUAGUCGAGAUGACCUUCGUCGAUGCGUCGGACCAGACUGCAGACGUUGUUUCAUUUUUUUCGGCAGUGGCUGACGGUGAUGUGGCCAAGGUUGAAGCUCUGCUGCAGCUUCCCAUGAACCCGGAUGUUAGUGCUUGGGGAGGUACCCCACUGAUGCGGGCGGCUGCAGUCAACCAGACUGGUGUGGCACAGUUGCUUCUCGAAGCCGGUGCCCAGUUGGAUUUCUGUGACAGCCGCGGCCACACACCACUGAUGGAUGCAGCAGGAGCGUGGUUAUGUCGUGCUGCAAUGGUCCAGUUGCUUCUAGACGCGGGUGCGCAGAGGGAUCUGCGCAACAGCCAAGGCAGGACAGCGUUGAUGCUUGCUUCACACCGCGGUCAUGCUCCUGUCGUGCGGUUGCUCUUAGAGGCCGGAGCUCAGAAGGAUCUGCGAGACAAUGACGGCCAGACGGCACUGAUGCUCGCAACCGAGUGGGGCCAUGAUCAAGCUCGGCGACUGCUGCAGUAG